AUGCUAGAUCCAGCAGACUACGUCAUUCCCCAGGGCUCCUUAAUCCUGGUCACUGGAGCAAAUGGCUAUAUUGCGUCUCAUGCCAUCGACAUCCUGCUGCAGAGAGGAUACAAGGUCCGCGGCACAGUCCGAAGCGCCACACCGUGGUUGGACCAGCAUUUCACAGCGCGGUAUGGAGAAGAGCGUUUUGCAACUAUGAUCGUGUCGGCCCUCGACGACCCGGCCGCAUGUCACCAGGCAAUGCAAGACGUGUCUGGGGUCCUGCAUAUCGCAUCGGAUAUGUCAUUCAAUCCUGAUCCCAAGGCUGUGAUCCCCUGGGUUAGGCAGGCGACCAUCAACCUUCUGGAAGUCGCCGCCAGCCAGCCCUCUGUGACUCGCUUCGUGUUGACCUCCUCGUCGACUGCUGCGCUUCUGCCGUCGCCUGGCGAGACCGGCACUCGAGUCGACCAGAACACGUGGAAUGAAGUCUCUGUCCGCGCAGCCUGGGAUGAAUCCACUCCGUCCGCCACGAGAGCCUAUCAUGUCUAUUCUGCAGCCAAGACCGAACAGGAACGCGAGGGCUGGCGGUGGGUGAGAGAGCGAAAGCCCCGAUUCGAGUUCAACACCGUCGUCCCCAAUUCCAACUUCGGACGCAUUCUCCAUCCUCGGAUUGCAGGCUCCAGCAUGAUCCGACUGAGAAACAUCCUUCGCGGUGAUGGCUCUGUCAUGGCCGAAUUUCCCCCUCAAUGGUAUGUCAAUGUCGAGGACACGGCAAAACUACACGUUGCAGCUCUGCUCAGCCCUUUCGUCACGAACGAGCGCAUUUUCGCGUUUGCCUCGGAGUUCAACUGGACCGACGUGGUGAGGAUCCUCCGCCAGCUCCGGCCUGGGAAUGCCUUGAUCCCCGAUCCCCCGGUGAACGAGGGUCGCGAUUCGAGCGAGAUUGCCCUGUCUCGUCGGGCGAAAGAGUUACUGCACGACUUCUACGGACAGCCCGGCUGGAUUGGGCUGGAGGAGACCAUUGCGGCCGGGAUU